AUGAAAAUACCGCAAAGGCCGACUCCCGCAUUAGGACGUGUUGAGCGAAGUCUUCAACGACGACGGGACCUGGAGCUCAUCUCUCUUCUACAACACCACCUGCGAAGCCUUUCCGGUGAUCGACCUCCGCCUUGCUCGGGCGGUAGGCCCGUCCGCGGAGCUAUACAGCAACAAUUACAGCACUGACGGCAUAGGAGCAAGAUCCGCGGUCGCGUAUGACCUCGUCAAGAAACCCCCCGCAGAGGGUGCAGACCAACUGGGCACUGUUCACGGCAUUGGGUGUGGAUGUUGCCAUAACCGAGUUUGAUGUUCGAAAGAGAUUGCCGGCGGACACGGAGAAGUUGGAACAGUAG